GGGGGCGGAGGUUUUGCACUCCUCUCUCCCGCCGUGGAUAAAUAGCGGCGGCUCGGGCAGCGUGAAGCUCCAGCCUCUGCACUGACGUCCCGCAACCGCGUCAUGGACUCCCAGGACUGCCCGUGUGCCACCGGCGGCACCUGCACGUGCGGAGACAACUGCAAAUGUAAAAACUGCAAAUGCACAUCGUGCAAAAAAGGCUGCUGUUCCUGCUGCCCUGCAGGAUGUGCCAAGUGUGCACAGGGCUGUGUCUGCAAAGGGCCCCCCUCUGCCAAGUGCAGCUGCUGUAAGUAGCGGCCCCCCCCCCGCCACGCCGAGGAAAACUAACCUUAUAGUAUGUGUUUUUUUAUAUGUGUGUUCGGAUCGUGUCAGUGUUCAGCACAUGUGGUGUACCAUGAGCUGCCUGAAUAAAGCUGU